AUGGGCGUGGAGUUUGGAAAAUUAAGAAUGACCACAAGUGUUGCUGCUCCACUUUCUGCUAAUUGGGAAGAAAUUUGUGAUCACUAUCAAGAGCAUCAGAAUGAUAUUACUUUUGUACAGUCUCAAAUGUGGGAUAAUGAAGAUCUAUGGGAACUUUUGGAACAAUAUUUGAAACAGAAAAGUGAUUAUGAGGCUAAUUUCAACAUUCCCCGUGAGCUUCCUGAAAAGAGAUUGGAGUGUGGAGUUUCUCUCAUAUCAUCAUUAUCCUAUUUUAAGGAUGAUGUUGACUUCUUGUAUUUGCUGGCCGAUGCUGCAGCUAUUGCGUUCCAGUAUGGCAAUCCGGAUGUGCUAUGCUCUCCUCUGCUUGAAGCAAAGAAGUCAAAAGAGAACUUGGUGGAAGCAUAUGCUAAGUAUGUGAAAGAAUAUUACUUUGGGAAGUUUGGUGCAUCACUUCGAACCUACGAUCAACAAUUCCUAAAGAAUAUAUCACUUGGUGCAAAGGGUGGUGAUCGAUUAUGGUGGUUCCAAGUUUGCACUGAGGUUGCAUAUUUCCAAGUUGCCCCAACAAAUGAUAGUGUCCGGUCACCACGGAUUGAUGCUAGAUACCAUUUGGAUCUUUGCAAGAAUGUGUUUGGUGAAGGUAUUUACCCUGACGUGGAUAUGACUAAUAUAUACUAUGGUGGUACAAGAAUCGCUGGUUCAAAAAUUAUCUUCACAAAUGGCUCACAAGAUCCUUGGCGCCAUGCAUCGAAGCAAACAUCAUCACCUGAGAAGGAUAUGCCUUCCUACAUCACCAAGUGCCAUAACUGUGGCCAUGGUACAGAUCUGCGUGGCUGUCCCCAAUCUCCUUUGAACAUUCAAGGCGAUGCUGGAAACUGUACAUCUCCUGAGGCAGUGAAGAAAGUGAGACAGCAGAUUAUAGAACAUAUUGAUUUGUGGCUCUCACAAUGUGAAUAUGAAGAGGAUGAUGAUGAUGGAUCUCAUUUCUUUGGGACAGCAAGGAGCAUGGUUUCUUAUUCCUAGCCUGGCUAUUUAAGUUUAAACUGUGGCGAUUUCAUAAAACAAGCAAUUUGCCAAAAGGAGAUUGAAGCCACCUAUAAUGGAUGGAACUACUGGGUGAGGCUUUUACUUACUGUGCAUGAAUAACUUCUCUCACUAUAAAGCAAUGACAGAGUUAUGGGUGACCUCCCAGCCAGCAUCGCUUAUCUUCUGUGUAUGUUAGUUAGAUUACAGUGAGGGUAUUAUGGGGUUAUAUACGUGUUAUAUAUAUUGUAACUUUUCUGUAAUUUACUUGUACCUUCCAGUAAGUUUGCGCUUCUGUUUUCAUAUAUUUGUAGGUUAUAGGUAGGUUACAGGUAGGUUACAGGGAGAUUACAGAGGUUAUAAUAUGGAUAUAACCCUCAAUACCCUCCUUGUAACCUACCUGGCGUACGCAGCGCUGCGUACGUAUGCAAUUUUUUCUCGAUUAUGUGAGCCCCCAUGAAUUUCCUAGAAAGAUUUAACAAAUACAUACCACAAAUUUUCUUAU